AUGUCGACGAUGAAGAUGGCCUGCGAAGCGUGCUACGCGCGCAAUAUCGAGUGUAUACGAAAUAGAACCCCCGAGAGAUGCAAUACUUGCAUUCAGACCCGCCAGGCCUGUUCUACGACCUUUGGAGCUACCAAUCCACAGUUGGCACCGCACGCUUUCAUCCGCGCACGAAGUGGCCAAUCAACGUCAACAAGCCAAUAUCCUGCUCAUCAGUCUCAGAUCCAAUAUUUUGCUGGCGCCGCGGACCCUAGGGUGAACGACGACGAUGGAAACGACAUUGAGCAAACAGUCGCUCGCCUGACUCGUCUACAACGCCUAAUCAACGGGCUUAUUCGUCCGGUGGUGAAACUACGGAGAGCCAUCAAGUACUCACUGAGCGGCCCUCGAGUUUCCUCACCGCGCAAUCUUCAUCCAGUGUCCUCUCCAUUUACACCAGCUGGCGGUUCCCCGCGAUCAAUCACGGACCACGCGUCGUCUGCCUCUCGUCAGACGCCUAUUCAACCACAGAGCCCGACAUCAAGUCUUUUCGAGAGCGUAGACGUCGACCUCGAAGGUAGUCAAAAGGCUUUCGGGUAUCUGGCUCAAGACGUGGAUGCUCCCGCUCGCCCGGUAUCACUAAAAGAGGUUAAUCUCGACUAUUCAACUCACCCUUCAUCUUUUCCUUCUCUCGGCGCCCACAAGAACUUGCGCCACUCUUCCGUCAGUAGCGUCCCUGACAAUUCGAGGCCUGCCAACUCUUCUCCGUGGACAAUUCGAGAGAGAAACCUCACGGGUUAUGUGCGGUUGCGCUCAUUGCACAAAGUCUACGAUGGUCCAUAUUCGGCCGUCUAUCAAGGUAUCUACAAGGACGGGGAUGAAGAAAAAGACGUCGCCAUAAAGAUCGUUCGAGCCGUCGGGUCUCCUCGUUCGAUACGGCGGAGAAGAUGUCGUGAAGUCACGACAGGAAUGAGUAUUCACCAUCCGAAUAUCCUCCCGGUAUACGGCAUUGUCGAGGGCGAGGAGUUUGGCCCGUUUGGCGGAAUCAUCACACUAUGGUGUCCAAAUGGCAAUGCUGCGCAAUUGGUCCACGAGUACAAUCUUUCGCCACUGGAAAGAUAUCGUCUGUGGCGAGGUGUGGUGGAUGGACUUGCUCAUCUACAUUCGCAUUCACCGCAAAUUGUACACGGAGACAUGAAACCGCCCAAUGUUCUGAUUGCCAAAGAUGGAAGGCCGAUGAUUUGCGACCUCGGGCUUGCACGAAUCUUGGUCGAUGAGACCUCAUUCUCGAGCGACGGAUACGCUAGCGACGAAAAUCAGUCCUGGAUGCGUAAAAUCAAUACCACAACGCCGCAUUCUGGAACACCUCGAUACCUCGCUCCCGAACAGGUUGAUCUAAACCGUCCUUCUAAACCUACUACAGCGGCAGACGUGUACGCAGUCGGGUGUAUCGGGUUCGAGUUCAUCUACUCAAAGGUGCCCUACGCAAAUCGUCCACACAAUCUUCAGGGUCAAAUCUUCCAUGAUAUUCGUCGCGGCAUCCCUCCCGCUUCUCGACCGACGACCUCACACUCACCCAAAACUAGUCCAUUGUCGACCCCGGACGACGGUGUGAGUACUCUAUGGGAUAUACUGGAGUGGUGCUGGCGUCGUGAUCCUUCUUCUCGCCCGAUGGCAUUGCGUCUGCGCGAGUUGUUGGCCAGUUACGAAGACGUGAUUGUCAGUGCGCUCGAGUGCCAGACCUAA